CUAUAAACAGACAAUGAAAUGUUGAGUGAGUCAGUCAUAUCUUACCAAACACAUGUUUUUGUCACACAAUGUCCAGUGUAUAAAACAUACAUUUAAUAUAUUAUUUGUUUGAAUUUCGUUGACGAAGCUGGUGAUCAUUAUCAUGUCUCAGUGAAAUGCACCCAUAUACAGUGGAAUUCAAAAUUAUUGACACCCUUUAUAAGAUUGAAAAACACCCUUCAUAAAGAUUUUAUAUGGUCAUUUUUGAUCAUCGUUAUUAAGGGUGUCAAUCAUUUCGGACCCCACUGUAUGUGUUGUGUGUCCUUUGAAUUCUCUAUUCAGUUUAACUGAACAAUUCCAUCAAUGUUCUUUAGGCUAAAUACGUAGCCUACCAAAAGGCACAAUCUUGGACCCUUGAAAAGUUCAAUAUGAAUUAACCUGAUUUUCUGGUCAUGUUAUGGUGAUGUUAUGUAAAAGUUUAGGAAAAACACAGCCUACAUGUAUUCCCUGAUAGGUUCUAAGAAAGCUGAGCAGUGGUCUAGGCUUUGCUGCUGGAAUUUGGGGUUUGACAGAAGGGGAAGGAGAUAUUUUCUUCCUCAAACAUCUUGUUGUUGAAAUGCCCUCUCGGCCAAAUACCCAAAUGAUGGGUGGCUCAAGUCGUGUGUACAUGUGUGUUGGUGUGUGUGUACGCUUGCUUGUGUGUGUUUGUGGGUGUGUUUGUGUGCGUGUGUGCGUGUGUGUGUGUGUGUUUCUGCUGUUGUGGUGUGAUGUACCCCCAUGGCUGUACAUGCAUAUGUUCUUUGCCGUAGGCCUUCCAAAAGGAGCGUGCCUUGAGCACACUUGUUUCCAGAUGUCCUGUAAUAAGGGGGAGCCCAGACAGUCAAACAAAGAAAAUCUCUUUCAAGGUGCUGAGGCCAUGGUGCUGGAGAGUGUGAUGUUUGCCAUUCUGGCAGAGCGGGAGCUUGGGCCCAAACUCUAUGGCAUCUUCCCCCAGGGUAGACUGGAGCAGUUUGUCCCUAGUCGCAAAUUGGACACAGAUGAGCUGAGCAUGCCAAGCAUAUCUGCUGAAAUAGCUGAGAAGAUGGCCAAGUUCCAUGGUAUGAGAAUGCCUUUCAACAAGGAGCCCAAAUGGCUGUUUGGAACUAUCGACAAGUACCUGAACCAGGUGAUGAGACUAACCUUCACCAGGGAGUCACACAUUCGCAAGUUUGCCCGUCUGAGGAGCUAUAAUCUGCCCCAGGAGAUGGAGAGUCUCAAAUCUUUGCUGGACUCCACUCACUCCCCUGUUGUUUUCUGCCACAAUGACUGUCAAGAGGGAAAUGUCCUGCUCCUCAGUGGUCGUGAGGGCUCUGACGGACAGAAGCUCAUGCUGAUUGACUUUGAAUACAGCAGUUAUAACUACAGGGGAUUCGACAUAGGAAACCACUUCUGUGAAUGGAUGUAUGACUACACAAAUGACAAGUUCCCAUUUUUCCAUGUCAACUCAAAGAAUUAUCCCACUAAAGCCCAACAGCUGCAUUUCAUUGGAAGCUACCUGUCAGAGACUGACCAGGGAUUUCAGAAUCUGAGCACUGAAGAUCAGAUUAAACUCAAAGAGGAGCUGUUUGUGGAAGUCAACAGGUUUGCUCUGGCUUCGCACUUCUUCUGGGGUCUGUGGUCGAUGAUUCAGGCGAGAAUCUCCACCAUUGAGUUUGGGUACAUGGAGUAUGCCAUGGCCAGGUUUGAUGCAUACUUUGAGCAGAAGCGGAGCCUGGGUGUCUAAGUGAGGGACCACAUAUAGUAACAAGGAGGUGGAAGAUAAAUGGAUUAAUAGCGCUUUACCUGAAAUGAAUGCAGACAGGGUGUAGGACCAUGCUUAAUGGUGAUCCCCUGCUUUGGGAAUGAAAUGCUCACUACAGUUGUUAUUGCAUGGACCAAAGUGAAACCAUGAAUAUCUGGUUUGGUGUUAAAUUAUGCCCCAUGCAUUGCUGCUCAGUAUUUACACAAUAUUAAGCUCCUAAUAUUACACAUACUCACAGGACACAGUUGGUUCUUGGCUUGUCUUUUCAACAAAAUAUCAGAAAGAUUAAGACGGGAUAAAAAUCUUCAUUCUGAAAGGAGGUCUGAGUUACAUCUCUGGGAAGUCUAUUACUGUUUGGAAAUGUACUGGGAUAGUGGGAAAGAAAGGAAGUCUCAAUGACCCUUGCUAAUUGAAAAGCCAGUAAUCUGUGACCUAACUGUGAUAAGCCAAAUGGCCAUGUCGACUCAGUGUCUCAACUUCAAUUGAUUAUGUUUGGUUCUUUGCAUCCAUGCUCCGUUUUCCUCCAUUCUUUAUCAACUGAAAUUCUUCUAAAAUGACUUGUAUAUGGAAAUAUCUAGAACCGCCAAUGAGAUGGGAGCAUCUCUGGCCAACAGCAUUUUUUUCCACCUGCAGUACUGUGAAUAUAAUGUGCAAAAUGUGACCUGAAAUACACUAGUGAAGGUAACCUCACAACUCUACUCUGUACUCACUCUUACUUUACACAGUCCCCAGAAAUGGUUUCAGCUCUGAAUAUGUCAUUGAACCAGUAAUGAUAUUUAAACAGAUAUAUUCAUCAAGAACACAUUGGAUAAUACAUUGGUAAGGAAAUAGCAAGCAGCAAAGCUUGCUAUUCAGCUGGGUUAAGCAGUUGUAGAUGAAGUUGUGAGAAGAACUCUUAGCAAGGUGUUACAAAAAUCCUCAUGUAGAGGUUUUGAAUGUUUAUAAUGAUAUCUUUAGAAUAUGUUUGGGAACUGGAAAUAUUUACUUGACUUUUUUUCCAAUUCAUAACCAAACUGUGAGAAUUAUUGAUGUUUUAUAUAUGAAUUUGUAUUCUGUAUUUCAUCAUAUUCGUUUUAUGUAAAAAUGUUUAUUUCAUCUUGUUACAAUGUUAUUGAGACCGUUAUGAGCCUUCACUUUGAAAUGUCAUCGUUAUGUAUAAUGUCAGUGUCACUUUUUUUCGUCACUUCUUCCCAAUGCUUGGAUGCAAUUAGCCUAGGGCGAGGUUAGUGGCACUUUCCUGACCCAGUUUAUUUUUUAAGAUAAACUUUUUCUAUUUUUUCCUCAAAUGAAAUAAGUAUUUUUCAUAAUAAGAAAGUUGUCUCUUUCCUAUGAAAUAUGUCUCACUCCUGUUUUCUCCACAGCUCCUACAGAAUUGUGUGAUCAACUACAUUCCAUUCUCAUGUAUACGUAUAUAUUUGUAUAUACCUUAAACCUCUCUUUCAUGCUAUAUUAUUAGUUUGAGACAAAAUAAGAAUUGACCCAACUGUUUUCAAAUGUAAUUGACAGUGUCACAUUCAAAUUUCUGAGUACAUCCUUGGUGUAUUUCAUGUCUUGCCAUCCAAUACAGUGAUCAAAUAAAAUGUACAUGUAAUUGAUUAUCAAACAUGGUAAGAAGGAGCUCCUCUACAUUACACUGAAUAUUGUUGAUAAUGUAUAUUGUAUACUUAUGGAUAGUUGAAUUGAGUGUCCAAAUUUGUUUAUGCUGUGAAAGGAACC